GCACACAUAGCGAGCAACUGUAUUUAUUGCAUGUAACGUGGAAAAGUACAGGACCUUGCGGAUUAGGACUUCCUCAAGCGCAUCUGCUGCAAAACAUCAGGCUGUUUAGCGUAUAACGCCUGUUUCAGUAUGUCUUAUGAGGACUACGGCUACGGAGAGGAGGAAGUCGAUGAAGACUUCGACCAAAUUGAGUUCAGGCCUCCUCCGGGAAAGCCCCCUGCUGCACAGGCAGGCCAGCCCUCUAACGCCCCGAACCUAGACGACGGGCCGAUUGGUGUCAAGCGUGCACGGACGAACGACGAACACCACGUAGACGUCAACUCGCCAACCGAAUAUGUUCCUGACACCCAUGACCAGCACAACGGCUACCAAGACAGCUACCAACAACCGCUCGCCAAGAAGGCCGCAGGCGGAGCACCAGGCUCUCAAGUUGCCAUGCCUUCAGCCUACAACUACGACUCCUCUGCCGCCGCUGCCGCCCCCGCCGCCAGCUCUGCCCCUCCAGGCAACGCUGUGCUGUGCAUGUGCAACGAGGCAGCUAUAAAGCGCGUGUCGAACACAGGCAAGAACCCCGGCCGCGCGUUCUUCAAGUGCGCUAAGCCCUCCUCUGAGCAGUGCAAGUUUUUUAAGUGGGAGGACGAGCUCGAUGGCAACGGCGGCGGUGCAGCCAAGGGCGGCGCCGGGGGCGGCGGUGCGGGAGGGUACGGCGCGUACGGCAGCUCCUAUGGUGGUGGCACCACUGGCGCGUACGGCAGCGCUGGUGGCGGCGGCGGCAACCCGUACGGCAGCAACCCUUAUGCUGGCAGCCAGGCUGCAAGCAGCGCUGUUGGUGGAGGUUAUGGCUCGUACGGCAAUGGUAGCGGUGCCCGAAGCGGCAGCGGCGGAGGCGCCUGGGGCAGCAGCGGUGGUGCAGAAGCAGCGGGCGGCGGCGUUGCUGAUGCGGGUCCGAGUGGAGAGGAGUUUGUCAAGUGCAUGUGCGGCGAGAACUGCCCAGUGAAGACGUCCAACAGCGCAAACAACCCUGGUCGCCAGUUCUACGCCUGCCCCAAGAUGCGUGAUGAUUCCACACGCUGCAACUUCUUCCAGUGGGCUGACCAGGUUGGCACCGGCGGAGGUGCCGGCGCAGGGGGCUUUGGAGGCGGUGGUGGCGGGGGCUUUGGCCCCGGAGGUGGUGGUGGCGGCGGCAACUGCUUCCUCUGCAAUCAACCAGGUCACUUCGCAAGCGCAUGUCCGCAGAAGGCUGCAGGCGGUGGUGGGGGUGGCUUUGGGGGCCGCAGCUCUUUUGGCGGCGGCGGCGGUGGAGGCGGUGCGAGCGGCGGUGCGCCUUGCUACCUGUGCAACCAAACCGGCCACUGGGCGCGUGACUGCCCAAGCAAGCAAGGCGGUGGAGGCGGCGGUGGUUACGGCGGUGGACGCGGUGGAGGCGCCGGGGGGCCGCCUCAGUCGUUUGCCAGCCGCUUCAACCGGGAAGGUGGUAGCGGCGGUGGCGGUGGAGGUGGCAGCUAUGGCGGCGGCAGCUUUGGCGGCGGCAGCUACGGCGGUGGUGGUGGCGGAGGCGGCAAGGGCAACUGCUACAAGUGCGGUCAGCCAGGCCACUGGGCAAGCAACUGCCCCAACUCCCGAUGAGCAGUGGCUCCAACUCAACUGCGGCCGCCCUGCAUGUUCAGUUAAGAGCUACACCUUGUAGGGCUCUACCGCUGGGAGGGGAUUUUGGCGACCUCUUCAACUGUAUUCCGUGCGAAGGUGUUCGUACGGCAGCAGUGUUAGGAGCAGGCUGUUUCUGGGAGCAGAACGUGUUUGGGCCUGAGUGCAGGUUGUGGCAGGCAAGCAGGCUUACGCUGUCACUGAAGCGUGUAGUAAAAGAACCCCAACUUCGCAUUCAGGGCCUGGGGAUGUCUCUCGCGGGUUUGAAAAUAAUAUAGUGCAUGGAAGAUGUGGGUUGGGUCAUCAGGCGCCGCCAUUGACGGGUGCCAUGGAGGCGUCGCAAGAAUUCGAGCGUCAUCAGACUGCCGUACUCCCUCGUGACAUCGUACGUGUACGGAACCGGUUAAGCGGAUUACAGUGCCAACGGCACCAGCGCAAGGCUCACACCGGUAUGUGU